AUGGCAAGCUUCGAACCGAGCAGAAGUGCCGUCGUGUCCGGAUGGUUCAGUGUACGAUACACGUAUUGGGUGGUCCUCGGCACCUCGGGCAACCGUGGUGAUUGGCGUCAACCGACGUAUUUUACCAUCGCCCCCAAUGCUGGCAGCGAUGAUCGUGCCGAUCCAAAACCAUGCGGUGGGAAGAGCUCGCAUCAUUCCCUGCAACUCGCAGACCCCAUCCAAGUCAUCAUGAUCCAGGGGAAAACACCACAAUACACUCCGUACCGAGCAAGGUACAAGCUCCACGAGGGGCUCCACUAG